AAUAAGGACACGAGGAUCUAGUAAGAGAUCCCAUUCUCACUUUUAUUUCUUUACAAGUCUACUUUGGAAUAGCAACCGACUAUUUUUCCAAACAUGCGUUCAUAAACGUUCAUGAAUUAAUGCGUUUUUAUGCUGGAGGAAACUUUCUCACCAAUUGUUUUGAAGAACUAUUUUCUCUUGCAUCAGAGAAGACAUGAGUUGCUUGCUAAAAUGGGCAGCUUUCCUCUGGAUCGUACAUACCAUUCCAUGCACUGCUGGAAUGGCAGUGAACGAAAGAAUAGACAACUCUAGAUGUCCUCCAUUGAAAGUAGACAAGGACCGGUUUUCCUACAGUUUAAAUGGUCCACAGCCAGAAUUCACCGGUUUUGAUCUGACAGAAAAGUUUCUCCUGAGAAAGGGGGCAGUGACAGAGGAGCGGCCAUCAUUCCGGCUGGGGAGCAGCCCCCUCAUCAAGCCAACAGAAUUGGUGUUCCCCAAUGGUCUGUCCAGUGAAUACUCUCUAGUGACCACCUUCCGGCUGAGGAAAACCACCAAGAAAGACCGCUGGUAUCUGUGGCAGAUAUUCGACCAGACGGGAGGUACCCAGGUGUCUGUAGUGUUGGACGGUGCCAAACGAGCAGUGGAGUUCUCAGCCCGGGGCCUUCUGAAGAACAGCCUCCACUACACCUUUAAGAGCCGAGACCUGCACACCCUGUUUGACCGCCAGUGGCACAAGCUGGGUGUGGCGGUCCAAAGCAGCAUCGUCUCCGUUUACAUGGACUGUAAACUAAUAGAGAGGAGGCUGACAGACGAGAAGGAUGAAAUCGACCCCAGCGGAUAUACACUGAUUACAACCCGGGUGGAGGAUGGACGGCCUGUAGAUAUCGAACUGCAACAAAUCCUGAUCUACUGUGACCCAUACCUGGCUGAGAUGGAGAACUGCUGUGAGCAGGCAGGAUCUACGUGUGAGCCUAGCAGGGAGGGCCCUGGUGCUGGAGGGGUGACUCCCAAUCCCUUGGAUACAGCUGGAGCAGGCCAGCUCCCCCAGAUGCUCUCCCAGCCCGUCCAGCCAGCCCAGGUCCAGCGGGUCCAGCAUUCCAGCAGUGGCAGAUGUCAAUGUUCAGCAGGAAAGGGUGAUCAAGGUCUACCAGGCUUGGCAGGACUUCCAGGACAGAAAGGAGAUCAAGGAGACAAGGGAGAGACCGGGAAAGAUGGGUUCCCUGGAAACUCAAGCCAGAAGGGUGACCAGGGUGUUUCUGGCUUCCCAGGUCGGGAUGGUAUUCCUGGACAGAAGGGGGAGGCAGGAUCAAACGGGUCUAAGGGGAUCGAUGGAGCAAUGGGUGAAACGGGAUCAGCUGGGGAGCCUGGUGCGGAAGGGAAACCUGGAAUAAAUGGUUUGAAAGGAGACUCAGGUCCUAUUGGCCCCAAAGGUCAUCAAGGCGAUACGGGUCUUCAAGGUCUGCCUGGUCUCAGUGUGGAGAAAGAGGGACUCAAGGGAGAUCAGGGAUCCCCUGGGUUGCCAGGUCAGACGGGGGCUCUGGGCAAAGAGGGCAAAAGGGGUCGUCGAGGGAAGAUGGGGGAACCUGGACCCAGAGGCCUACCUAGUCACCCUCAGAGUCACCUGGCUUAA